UUUCUUUCCAUACAGGGCCAAAACUAAAAAAAAUAGUCAUUCCCUCCAUUAAAAAGUUGUCUCCAGUGUAAAAACAAAAUUAACCAAAACUAAAUACUUUCUCCUCCACCAUAGCCACCGCCGCCACCACCACCACCGGGACGGUCACUUUCAGUUUCCAGCAAUGGCCGAACAAAAUGACACUUCCGAACAACCUCUCUCUCUCCGCACGCUCUGCACCAUGCGUUCCCUGCUCCUCCACCCUUCAACCCCACAACACACCGUUUCCUCCAUCCUCGAAACCCUAGCGCGCUCCCCCUCUCACCACGCGCUCAAGCUCCUCUCCGACGCUGCCGCGCUCCGCCCCGACCUCGCCCUCUCACCUCCCCUCCUCCCGUCCCCGCAGCGCCUCGCCGUGGAGGCCCUUGCCAUCUCGCUCACGCGCCUCAACCUCGACGACACGCGCUUCGCGUCGCUGUGCUUUGGCGCGUCCGUGCCCGUGCGCGCGUGGAUGCUCCGAAACGCGGGUGCGGAGUUCGAGGUUCGGCACGGUUUGCUGCUCGGGGUGCUGUUAGGGUUCACGAAGGACCCUUUCCCGCACGUGCGAGCCUCGGCGCUGGAAGGGCUCGUCGGUUUCUGCGAGCGCGGCGGAGAAUCGAAAGACGUUGGGUUGGUGGACGCGUGUUAUCGACGCGCCGUCCGGCUGCUUCGGGAUGUGGAUCCUUCCGUUAGGUUCUCUGCGGUUCGCGUGGUGGCUUCAUGGGGUCUGAUGUUGGCAGCUUCUAACUCAGACAUGAAAGCCUAUUGGUCCAACGACAUAUUUGCCAAGCUAUGCUCCAUGGCAAGAGAUAUGAACAUGAAGGUCAGGGUUGAAGCAUUUAGUGGCCUCAGAAAGAUGGAAAUGGUAUCGGAGGAUCUUCUGUUGCAAAGUUUAUCAAAGAGAGUUUCAGGGCAUGGAAAGCAAAAGGAAACUCUGGGUCAGCGCACAUCUGAACAAUUUGUCAUGUUGGCAACUAAUGUUGCUGGUGCACUAGUUCAUGGACUUGAGGAUGAGUUCUUUGAGGUGAGGAAGUCUGUAUGUGAGUCCUUACGCACGCUGACAAGCCUAUCUUCUGAGUUUGCGCGUAAAGCCUUAGACUCGUUAAUGGAUGUUUUGAACGAUGAAUCGGAGGUGGUUCGGUUACAAUCUUUAGAAACCUUGCAUCAUAUGGCAAUUAAUGGCCGUUUAAAGCUUCUUGAAAAACAUUUGCACAUGUUUCUUGGUGCUUUGGUAGAUAACAAUUGGGAUGUAAGAUAUACUGAUAGGAAAAUACUUAAAGUAGUGAAGCUAAAUUAUCUGACAUUGUUCAAAUCAUCUGUUGACAGUCUUCUGGGAAGUUUAGACAGUUAUCCACAGGAUGAAGCUGAUGUAUUUUCUACUUUUUCUCAUCUGGGCCGAAAUCACAAGAAAUUUGUAAGCUUGAUUAUCAAGGACAUGUUUGAAGAGGUAGAAACUGCUUUGGAAGGAAAUGUAGAAUUUAAUAGUGCAAGGAUAGCUGCACUGUUAAUUCUUUCUAUAUCUGCUGCACUCUUGAAUGCUGAUGUAGGCAGAAUACCACCAGUAAUGUUUUCUUAUGCAGUUACAUUCCUAGGUAGAAUUUAUAAUGCUUUUAGUGAUAUCAUGGAUAGGGAUGCCCUUUUGGCCUGCCUAUGUGAGAAAAGCAGAUCUACAGAGUAUUCUGCAACAAAUAUUAACCCUGGGGAAGGGGAGCAACAGUUUCCUUUAUUUGAAGGUGAUGCUCCAAAUUUUGCUAGCAAUGAGGUGAUUGGUUCCAAAAUUGAUUCACAUAUCACAAGGGAGCAAAAAGAGGUAGCAAAUGAUCAGGUAGAACAACAGCAAUCGGUGUAUAAUGAAGUUACAAACUUGAUAAAUUACAUCCUUGCAAAGCUCCCUGAUAUGUGGCCGAGGAUACAGUCAGGUCACACAAAUGAAGUGCUAAGGUCCUUGAGGUGUUUGAAGGAGUUAACCACUAUGAAAUUUGAUUCUUUGGGAUCUGGUGAUGCUGAUGCUUUGGCAUUUACUUUACUGUAUCUCCGGAUAAUAGAGCUACUUGCAGAAGUAUGGAACAAUUUGCUUCCAGCAAAAGGGUUGUGUUAUCAGGGAAUAGGAAAAUUGGAAUUCAAACUGGGAAAGCUUGAUAGGAGGGUUAAAGAAUUGAUGAGUAGGUUUAUAGGUUUCUCUGCAGAAGAGGAAUUGAAUGUCUUGGAGCUAAUGUUAUUGACUUAUACCCUCAGGAUAUCUAAAGAAGAAAUCAGCUGUAUUAAUCAUACAUUAAAGAGGUUGAGUAGUCUAUAUUUACGUGUUGAAUCUAUCCUUAAAGAAAGUUCAGCUUUGCCAUCCAAUUUCCUAGUUGAACUUGGGAAAGUAUUAAGUAGCACCUCCAUCAAUGGAGCUUCCUGCAGUCCACUUCAGUUUGAAGCAUGUCUCAAGUUCUUCUCCCUAAAGCAGUUUGUGUUUCAUGGACCAAUCAAACAUGUAAAGGCAGAACUAAGUGUUCCCAAUAUUGACUUUGAACAUCCUCUUCCCUUUGUUUCAGGACUACCCGUUGGUAUACAAUGUGAAAUCACUCUCCAUAAUAUUUUAAGUGAGAGUCGGUUGUGGCUAAGGAUGACUUUGGAUGAUGGUUUCAUACAAUAUUUCUUUUUAGAUUUGGACUGUUCUGAAGGCUCUGAAGAGGUAAGAAAAUGUACAUUUGUUGCGCCGUUCUACAGAACAGCAGAAGCUGAUUGUCUUAUAUUGAAGGUUUGCAUUGGUUCAGAAUGUUUGUUUGAAAAUGUUAGUCCAGUCCAAAGGUUUGGGGGACCGAAACGUGAACUAGUACUUCUUUGUAAUGAAAAACAAGUUUAUCUUUCCAAGGUUAGUAAAGCUUAAUUUUUUUUCUUUCUUA